GUUUUAAAAGUGUUGUUACUACUUUCGUCUGCUGUUUCCCAGCUUCGGUUAGGUUCUCCAAUAACUUGCAAAUGGUUGUUGCACUGUGAUUAAAUCUAAUUCAAAUAAAUUAUGAUUCACUUUUACUAUGAAUAUAUUAGACACUGUCAUGGAAUUUAAAAUGAUGUGCCAGCUACAACUACUCUAAGGAAAUAGCUUCAACAGGAUGAGUGCAUGUUUAUUUUCUCAGCAUUUUUGGGGAGAAAAACAUUCAGGGUUUGAUGCCAUGUAUCAAAAUUUCAAAUUAUGUUAUCGCACUUCGUCUGAAUUUGCCGAAUUCCUCCGUGAAAGUUAUACAGCAGAAGACAAUUAUUACAAAACACUUGUUAAACUAUCUAAACAAGCAGGAUCAUACAACAACACUAGUAGUUUCAAACCAUGUUGGUCUCUCCUCAAGCAGUUUAUUGACCAAAUCUCCCAGGUCCAUCUAACUAUUGCACAAGAACGACAGAAUCUAUCAAGAGAUGUGCAAAAGUAUCUGGAGGAGCAACACAAGAAGCAAAAGCUAAUCAAAGAUACAGAGGCUUCCACGCAGGAAGUUGUACAUGCUUUUCAGGUAACUUCCGUUCAACUUCAGAAAGCGAAGGAGGCAUAUCAUUCACGUUAUAAUGAAUAUGAGCGUGCUAUGCGCUUGGAGUCUGGUUCUAAUCGAGAUCAAGAAAAACUUGAGGUCAAGCUUAAAAAAGCUCAGGAUGAGUACAAAUAUUCAGUCGAAAAGUAUAAUAACCUACGCAAUCAAUUCGUAAGCAAAAUGCACAUCUCUUGUGCCCAGUUUGAGGAAAUCGAAGUUGCACAUCUGGUACAGAUGAAAGAAUUUCUGCAUCGGUAUGCAUCUGUCUGGUCCAUCACGGGUGAUGCUUUAGGCAAAUUACACAAUCAGUUUGAUCGUGAUUUGACUGAGUUGACUACAGACAGAUUAUUGAAUAUUCUUGUAACCGAAAGAGGCACUGGGACGUCGGAGCCACAAGGUGUGCAGUUCGAAGAUGCAGAGGUUGCUGCCGCGUUUUCAUCAAAUGCAACUGAACGUGCCAACGGAAUAACAGCCAAUGGUGUUCGUGUUUUAGAGGCAUUUUUCGCUCGCGAAGCCAGAGCUGCCUCUGCACUUGCAAUUGUAGGUUCUGGUACCAAAGAUAAUGGUGAAUCAAGUCUCAACAGCUUAACAGAUGUUAGAUCAGACGCGGUCUCUGUAACUAGCAUUUCCGUAGGUGUUGUGCCGUCGGUAACAAAUAUAUCAAUUUCUGGCAAUGGGACUGCAAAACGCCGAGAAGGAUUUUUUCGUCGACGCCGUAAUUCCUUGUCACAGGAUCCUGCUCCUGCUGUCGGUGACAAUGCAUCAGGAUCGUCCACCUCAGUCGGUGCGGCCAUUGGGACAAACACCAAUAUUCAAGCUAAUAGUAGUAUUAGUCUCAGUGCUUUCACCGUCGUUGCCAAACGUGGGAUUCGUCGAUUAGGCACUCCUUAUUCAAACGGUAAAGACAAACCAAUAAAGCAAAUGGACAAGUCAGGUAGAUUUGUAGAUACCAUUACUUCAAAAAGUGAUGAUUGGCGGACUACUACACCCGUAGAAUUACCGAAAGACGAAGACGGUUAUAACAUUAGACCACCUGAUCCAUGGGGUGAAAACUCUUCAAAUUUCAAUCAUUCUGAGGCUGAUGACUCAGGUUCCGAAGAAGAUCUACAAAACAAAGCGAACAAAACAUUUCAUGGCCUAAAGGUUAAUAUCCGUCCAGUUGGAGAGUUUGCUCCAGGAGUAGCGCUUAAAUAUAAUGGGGAUAAAUUAGAAUCUCAUCCAAAGCCUUUAGAGACAAUUAAAAGUCCUAAAAGCACUGGGAAUUCACAAGUCCCCUUACUUAUUGAUCAUCGUGUCGGAUCAACACUUCGAUCACCACGUUCAAGCAUAUCUUCAUAUCAAAAUAUUCCUAUCACUGCAGGAUCGGAUGGCAUAUCAAAUCAUGAUUUGAUUAAUGCAUUACCUCUCCCACCAUUGUUACCGCCUCCCCCUCCACCGCCAUUGUCAUCAGUGUCAUCAUCUACCACUGAAUCUUUUGCUCCUGUCGGUGCUGGUGGUUCAAUGCGUGCUCGGAAUGUCGGUUUGUUAUCGUUUAAUACACUCAGUAAGGGUCAUUCAAUAUCAGCGAUACGUCCACGUGGAUACAGUUGCAAUACAUGGACUAAAAGAAAUUCAAAUCAACUAAAUUCCGCAAGAUCAUUGGAAUCAAAAGAUGAAACUAACAAUGCAACUUUCAAUUUGUCGUCCUUUGAUGCCCUAUUCACAGUACAAGAAACCAAUACAAAAGAUAUUCCGUCAAAUAAUAGUAAAGAUUCUGUUCAGAAAGACUAUACUUCAGAUUUUAAAUUUGGUUUUAAAGAUUCUGUUAGUUGUAAUAGUUUAGUAGAUACUUUACAAAGAGGUUCAUCAUCUGUAAUGGGUGUUAAUUUAUCACCUGUAAAGAACGAUGAUGGUGGUGGUAGCUUAGUUCGACGAUGUUCCAGUACAGCACCUACUUCAACAGAUAAUGAAUCAAUUGAUCAGUCUAAUUGGAUGGCGUUUGAAACAUAUUCAACUGAAACAAGCAAAUCCUUCAGUCCUUCUGUAUCUUGGUCAUAUUUUAACGCCAAUAUACAUGGUACUGUAGUUGGUAAAGAAGCUCGACCUAUUCCUGAACCUCCAACACGCCUUCAUAAUCAUCCGAAUAAUAGUUCUACUAUUGAACAAAGUAUUACAUCUUCUCCUUCUACCCACUCAAUUAAUUUGCCAAAUAAUUCAAUUUGCUUAGCUGCUGCAUUUACAGAGACAUGGCAUGCCCGGUUUUUUAAUGGUGGUGGCAGCUCUUUUUCAACCGCAGCCUCUACUGGUCAACCUCCUAUUCAUGCAAUCUAUGGUAGUUUAACACUUGCAUUUCCACGUGCGGAUAUGGAACAAAGAUUAUUCAAUAAAUUACUUAUUCCCCCUCUUGUGUUUAGAAUUACAAAUGCUGAAAGAUUAAAAGAUCUACAACCUAAACUUUCUGGCUCGUCAAUCAGUUUAUUUUCUGAAAGUACAACUCCUACUACUGAUACGUCUCAACCAAUUUUAUUGGAGAAUUUGACAGAUAACAAUGCAACACAAGUAAUCAAUAGUGGUAAUAAUAAUAGUUCAGAUUAUAUGCUUACUAUUCCUGGUGAUGUUCUUUCACGUUAUCUUGCUCCAUUGAUAAUUAAUUAUUCAGAUGAAAACUCAUUUUUUUGUAGUGAUACAUCUGAUAAAUUAAAUACUUCUUUUACAUCUUCUAAUACGCCUACAUAUGUUAAAUUGGAUGUAUUAACUUAUACAGUUGAUGUAAAUGCCGACGCUAAAGGUUACUAUUGUAGUCUUACACCUCCAAUACAUUUAUGUACUUACUGGCGUUGUGAAGCAUUAACCACAGAUUUUCGUUUGGAUUAUACAGCACAAUGGCCUACACCAACUGCUGCUAAGGAGUACGUUCUUUCUGAUUGAUAUUUUUGAUGGUUUGUUUUACACAUAAUUGAUCCCGCCAAAUAUACGCCGAAUUAUUUUUGACUUUUGUUCCUUCAGUGAUGAGGUAUGGCAACUUGGGUCGAUGCAUGUAUUUGCCUGGUCCUACGUUGUAACUGACUGACUGACCUUCAGUGAUGAAGACUGACCAUUCUGCUUUCUGUUUUCAACUCAAGCUAAUCCGAAAAUCAGAUUUAUUGAAAAGACUAAAGAAGAUAAAUGUGUGUAUAAUGUCUUUGAAAAAGUCCAAAAGGUUAUUAUAUUUAAAAAAGUGAAGGUACUGGUUUCAUGGCCACAUAAAAAGUGAAAGAAUUCUUCUGUGAAAAAUUGGCAGACCAAAUCAAAAGUUCAGUUUUUUUUAAUGUCGAGCAUUAAAAACGAAUUUCAUGCGCCUAACAACUAACAAUAACCAGUCAAAGUACUAAUCUCUAAAAUAAUUUGAAUGCAGGCUAUCUUACAGAGAAUAUUUAAAACCCAACAACAGUUAUGUUUUUUUCACGUCCAGAAAAAGCUUUUCCCAUUCCUUAAGUUAGCCUGCAGAUUAUCUAAAAUUAUAGCUUCUAUUGUAAUUAUUAUUAGUAUUACUGUCAAAUACUGUAGCAUGGACUUCAAUACAUCGCUAACUAAAAAUCGACGCCAGUCCAAAAAUAAUCAGUUACUGAAUAUUAUUACAAGUGGAUUUCCUUGUUUUAAAACGAGUUGUGGUUUGAUAAAUCUCAUUUAUCAGUUUGAAUAUUGUAACAAUAAGCUUAGCAGAAUAAUGUGAAUCCAUUUAUACCUUGGAUUCUUUUAUGCUCUUUGCAACGUAGGAACGAUGGUUAUACUUAUUUUAAACCAAUGUGUAUAUUUUAUAUCAUAUCAGUGACGAAUUGUGAGAAGACUAUAGAUACAGAAGAACUAUUGAAAAUCUCAUGGAUAUUCAAACGCCAACUACUGUGAAAGAUCUUGAGAGAAAGUUCUAAAAUACGCACCGACGACUUUCUAAAAAAUGUAAAACGAAUAUGAAGAGUUACGUAUUGUUAAUUUUAAGAAGGGAUAAUUUAACAGGGUCCCCCAAAUGCCCUGGUACCGCCGAGAGUGAGGAGAGUCCGCUCUCCCUCUCGAAAUGCUCUCACAUGGCCACGCGUACAUAGCCUCUGCCAGGGAAGCCCUACUCACUACCUUCUCGUGGCGGGGGUGUUGUUUACGAAAAUGAGAGGACGAAAAGCGAAUGUCCGGCGCUUUAACCGGAUCCCAAACCAAUGGUGCACAUGGGCUCCAGUAUCCUGCGGGAACAAAUGGCGUAUGAAUCAAUCGUUGGUCACCGGCUACCAUGGGACUGCAUCUCCUUACGAUGCUCCACUGCCUUGUGGGUCAGACGUUCAGGUCGAAGGCUCGGGGUGUGGCCCCCUAAGAAAACCACCUGUCUCGGUUUGGGCGCCCGAGCAGUAUCACAGCCCUCACACAUAUCAAAUGAGAUUUGUGUGGCGCAUAUGUAUUUGGUGCCUCCUUAUACCAAUAUCUAUGUGUU